AAUUGCUUCAUCUUCUUCGACAAAAUCAUGGCAUCCAAACAUAAGAAACCAUAUUCUUGUUGGAGAUGAGUGUCUUCUACAUCUGCCGGAGAAAAUUUCUCCGUAGCUAUCCCCAUGAGAGCCUACCUUAAGCAUCGUUUUUUAGUCUUAAAAGAACAAUGAAAUUAAUGCUGAGGUUUUAAGGUUUCUUAUCUUCCUCCGCCAGAUUCUUUUCGUGCGAAGAUGAGCAACAACAAGGACAGCAUGAACAUGGCCGAUCUCACCGCCGCUCUUAACGAGGAGGAUCGUGCCGGGCUUGUUAAUGAUCUUAAGAACAAGUUGCAGAACUUGGCUGGAGAACACUCAGAUGUCCUUGAGAACUUGACUCCGAUAGUCAGGAAGCGUGUCGAGGUUCUAAGAGAGAUCCAGAACCAAUAUGAUGAGAUGGAAGCCAAAUUCUUCGAAGAGAGGGCAGCUCUAGAAGCUAAAUAUCAAAAGCUAUACCAGCCUUUGUAUACCAAGCGAUAUUAGAUUGUGAACGGCGUGGUUGAAGUUGAAGGUGUAGGGGAAGAUGUAAAAUCAGAACAAGGAAAAGAGAAAGCAGCUGAAAGUAAUUUUAUCAAUUUACUCUGAAGUUUGUAUAUUUUAUUAGGUUCUAAUGAUGAUGAUGAACACAUGGCCUUUGUAAAUGAUAUAAAAUUGUCUUUCUUCAGAGAAAGGAGUGCCAGAUUUCU